AUGGAGUCACUUCUACACCAGAACACGCUGCCGUUCUUCUCCAGUCACACUAAAACUAAAGGGUGUAAAUUAAACACCUCUUAUUCUUCCGUCUCCCAGGACUUGGCAGCGUUGGUCGCCAACGGCACAGUGACCAGUAAACCUCCGGUCACCCUCCGGCUGGUGAUCCCAGCCAGCCAGUGCGGCUCGCUCAUCGGCAAAGGAGGCUCUAAGAUCAAGGAGAUCCGCGAGACGACAGGUGCGCAGGUGCAGGUGGCAGGUGACCUCCUACCCAACUCCACGGAGAGAGAAGUGACGAUAUCAGGAAGCCAAGACGCCAUCAUCCAGUGCGUUAAGCUCAUCUGCACUGUCAUCCUAGAGUCUCCGCCGAAGGGAGCCACUAUUCCAUACCGACCCAGCCCGACCCCGGGAACCGUGCUGCUGGCAGGAAACCAGGUGAGCUGCUGGGAGGACGCUAAGUGGCUGCGCGAGGAGAUUAAUGCCUUUAAUUCAUUAUUUAGUGGAGCCGAGGGAGGAGACGAUCUGUUUCAGACGUACGCUGUGCAGAGUCACUACGGCAUUCCACACUCAGAGUUAGCGAAGCUGCACCAGCUGUCGAUGCAGCAGCAGGGCCUGGCCCCCAUCAGCCAAUCAGCGACACAAGUCCUACCUGGAGGAGUCGAGUCGAACUCUCAAACCACGUCUCAGGAGCUGCUCAUUCCAAACGACCUGAUUGGCUCCAUCAUCGGUCGCCAGGGAACCAAGAUCAACGAGAUCCGGCAGGUGUCGGGGGCUCAGAUCAAGAUUGGCAGUCAGAUCGACAGCACCAGCGACCGCCACGUCACCAUCACGGGAACGCCGAUCGCCAUCAACCUGGCCCAGUACCUGAUCACCACCUGUUUAGAGACCGCCAAAUCCACCGCCCAGUCCUCCUCCAUGCCGUCUCCCGUUGACCUGACCAUGAGCUUCACCCAGCCCGCCCCCCCUGCCUCCGCCUCGUCCUCCUCCUCCUCCCCCCUGGCAGCGAUGGGCGCCGCUCUGCCCCACGCUCCGAUCCUGGGCGCCCCCUACGCCCUUCCCCUCUCCAGCCUCCUGGGGGUGAAAUCCAUCCCCUACCUGGCACUCUCCACCCCUCCCGCCUCAGCAGCAGCGGCGGCGGCGGCGGCGGCAGCCAUCGGGGCUCCCGUCCUACCGGGCUCGAUGCAGACGGCGGCGACGGCGGCCGUCCCGGUCCCGGCCCACGCGGCGGCAGCCCUGGCGUCCUACACGGCCAAGAUCUCCUCGUCGGCCAACGGGAUGAAGAAGCCGGAGAGACAGAAGUUUGCGCCGUACUGA